AUGUCUGUUCUCCCUGCCGAGGUGCAGGGAGCAUUGUCUCAACUCCUCCGAGCGCUUGCUUCCCCAGACAACACCCUGCGCUCACAGGCAGAGGAACAAUUAAAUAAUGACUGGACACCCAACCGGCCGGAUGUGCUCUUGAUGGGCUUGGUAGAACAGUUACAGGCCUCCGAAGAUGCAUCGACUCGGUCUUUUGCCGCCGUCUUGUUUCGAAAACAAGCCUCGAAGAAUAGGAAACUUCCUGGCUCAAACGAAAACAAAGAGCUCUUCCUCACACUUGGCCCGGAGGCCAGGGGCGCUAUACGAUCGAAAUUGCUCGAGGGUCUCGCAAGGGAGCAGGUCCAUGCUGUGAGAAAUAAAAUCGGAGACGCCAUCGCAGAGAUCGCUAGGCAAUAUGUUGACGCAAAUGAAAUGUGGGUGGAACUUCUCGCUGCGCUUUUCCAAGCAAGUCAGUCCAACGAUGCGGGCAUGCGAGAGUGCGCAUUUCGAAUAUUCGCAACCACUCCCGGCAUCAUCGAGAAGCAGCACGAAAGUGCAGUGCUAGAAGUCUUUGGGAAAGGUUUCAAGGAUGACAGCGUCGAUGUCCGACUCGCUGCGAUUGAAGCCUUCGCUUCGUUCUUCCACUCCGUCACCAAAAAGGCCCAGUCGAAAUACUACUCAUUGAUUCCCGAUAUCCUCAACAUCCUCCCACCUCUGAAGCAAGCAGGAGACACAGACAACCUCUCCAAGGCAUUUGUGUCUCUCAUUGAGCUUGCUGAAGUUGCCCCGAAGAUGUUCAAGAGCCUUUUCUCUAGUCUGGUCAGUUUCAGCAUAUCCUGUAUUCAAGAGAAAGAUUUGGGCGAUCAAACCCGUCAAAAUGCGCUGGAACUAAUGGCUACUUUCGCGGAAUGGGCACCUGCAAUGUGCAAGAAAGAACCGUCAUACACGAACGACAUGGUCACACAAUGCCUGAGUUUGAUGACCGAUAUCGGUAUUGAUGACGAUGAUGCCGCAGAAUGGAAUGCACAGGAAGAUCUUGACAUGGAAGAGAGCGAUCUGAACCACGUUGCGGGCGAGCAGUGCAUGGACCGUCUGGCUAACAAACUAGGGGGGGAGGUUAUGUUACCGGCGACUUUCACCUGGCUACCUAGAAUGAUGCAUUCGGCUUCCUGGAGAGACCGACAUGCAGCAUUGAUGGCUAUCUCUGCAAUCUCUGAAGGCUGCCGAGACCUCAUGAUCGGUGAGCUCGACAAAGUUCUGGAAUUGGUGGUUCCUUCCCUACGAGAUCCGCAUCCGCGAGUGCGAUUCGCAGGCUGCAAUGCUUUGGGCCAGAUGAGUACCGACUUCGCUGGACCAAUGCAGGAGAAAUACCACCAAGUCGUGCUCACCAACAUUAUACCUGUAUUGGAGGCCCCUGAACCUCGAGUUCAAGCCCAUGCGGCGGCUGCUUUGGUCAACUUCUGCGAGGAGGCAGAGAAGGCUAUUCUGGAACCUUACCUGGAUCAACUGCUCGGUCACCUGCUCCAACUGCUCCAAUCGCCGAAACGUUAUGUGCAGGAACAAGCCCUGUCAACCAUUGCUACGAUUGCUGAUUCGGCCGAAAGCGCCUUUGUUCGAUAUUAUGACACCUUGAUGCCACUGCUAUUCCGAGUCCUGCAAACCGAGCAAUCGAAGGAGUACAGGCUUCUCCGUGCUAAGGCCAUGGAAUGUGCGACGCUGAUUGCUCUCGCUGUCGGCAAGGAGAAAAUGGGACAGGACGCCAUCACCUUGGUGCAAACACUGGGUAACAUUCAGCAGAGUAUCACCGACGAGGAUGACCCACAAUCCCAAUAUCUACUCCACUGCUGGGGUAGGAUGUGCCGUGUUCUUGGAAGAGACUUUGUGCCUUACCUUCCAGGUGUCAUGCCCCCGUUGCUCGAGCUGGCGUCCGCUAAAGCUGAUAUCCAGCUCAUCGACAGCGAAGACGACGUUUUGGAUCAAGAAGACGGCUGGGAGCUGGUACCAUUAAAGGGCAAGGUUAUUGGAAUCAAGACUUCGACUCUCGAGGACAAGAACACUGCCAUUGAAUUGAUUACCAUCUAUGCGCAGAUCCUGGAAGCUGACUUUGAGCCGUUCGUUGCUGACAUUACCGAGAGAAUAGCACUUCCCGGUCUGGCUUUCUUCUUCCACGAUCCUGUCCGGAUUGCGUCCGCGAAACUCAUCCCUCAGCUGCUCAAUUCGUACAAGAAGCGCUUUGGCGACCACGCACCACAACUCAUGGAACUCUGGGCCAAGUGCUGUGACAAGGAAAUUGAGAUUCUCAGCGCUGAACCUGCAGUCGACACUCUCGCCGAGAUGUACCAAUGUUUCUACGAAAGUAUCGAAGUCGUUGGUAAGAAUUGUUUGACGCAGCAACACAUGGAGCAGUUCAUCCAAUCCGUAAAAUCAGCCCUUGAGGACUACCAGAAACGAGUCAAGGAGCGUGCAGACGAUCGUGCUGAUGCGGCACAAGCCGGUGUGGAUGACGACGACGACUCACUUUCUGUCCAAUAUGCCAUUGAAGAUGACCAGACUCUCCUCUCCGACAUGAACAAGGCUUUCCACACUAUCUUCAAGCAGAUGGGUACCGAGUUCCUGAGACCCUGGGAGAGACUUAUGCCGUUUUAUCAGUCCUUCGCCUCGAGCAACGACGCAACGCAACGACAGUGGGCGUUAUGCAUCUACGACGAUGUCCUGGAGUUCUGUGGCCAGCAGUCAUGGCAACUGAGCGGCGAGAUCACCAAAGCUCUCGUUCGUGGCAUGACGGAUGAAAACCCGGCGAACCGUCAGGCUGCUGCCUACGGCGUCGGAAGUGCUGCGCAAAAGGGAGGCGAGCCGUGGUCAGAGUUCGUGGCGGCCAGCCUCGAGAUGCUGUUCCAGAUUACGAGGGUGCCCAAUGCGCGAGGAGAAGAAGAAGUGUUCGCGACGGAGAACGCAUGCGCAGCUAUUGCAAAAAUCUUGCAUUUCAAUGCUUCGAAAGUGCAAAAUGCUCAACAAGUUGUCGAGCAAUGGCUUGAUACGCUGCCUGUGGUGAAUGACGAGGAAGCCGCGCCGUACGCUUAUUCCUUUGUCGCGCAGCUUAUUGACCAACAAAAUCCUGCCGUAUUCGCCAAGGCACAACAAGUCUUCCACCACAUUGCGCUUGCUCUUGAGGCUGAGAUGAUCCAGGGCCAAACUGCAAAGAAGAUCGCCGAGAGCGCUAAAGCAAUGGUGACUCAGAGUGGGAUCAAUGCCGACCAGAUACUACAGUCCUUGUCUUCCGACGGCCAGGCUACAGUGCGAAGCUACUUUUCAUGA